AACAAUUCCCUCGUCUCCCUACCAUGAGAAAAUGCCCUACUUCUAGGUCAAGGCGUUCUUCUUCUCAGCAAAAGUGAAGGAUCUUUGGUGAAACACUAGGUUCUGAAGGAGCAAUGGCAGAACAUUUGGCUUCCAUCUUUGGCACUGAGAAGGAUAGAGUUAACUGCCCUUUUUACUUCAAAAUUGGUGCUUGUAGGCAUGGAGAUCGAUGCUCCAGGCUUCACACUAAGCCUAGCAUUAGUCCUACUCUACUCCUCUCUAACAUGUAUCAGAGGCCUGAUAUGGUGACUCCGGGCAUGGAUCCUCAAGGUCAGGCCAUGGAUCCUAGGAAGAUUCAGGAACACUUUGAGGACUUCUAUGAGGAUCUGUUCGAGGAGCUGAGCAAGUAUGGAGAGAUUGAAAGCCUUAAUAUUUGCGACAAUUUGGCUGACCAUAUGGUGGGUAAUGUAUAUGUUCAGUUCAGAGAGGAGGAACAUGCAGCAAAUGCACUACGGGCUUUGUCUAAUAGAUUCUAUGCGGGCCGUCCCAUCAUUGUGGACUUCUCUCCUGUCACCGAUUUUCGUGAAGCUACUUGCAGGCAGUAUGAGGAGAACACUUGCAACCGAGGCGGCUAUUGUAACUUCAUGCAUCUGAAGAAGAUAAGCAGAGAGUUGAGGAGGCAGUUAUUUGGGAGGUAUAGGCGGAGGCACAGUCGAAGCCGUAGCAGAAGCCGGAGCCACAGUCCCUAUAGGCCCCGGAUCCAUGAUGAGCGCCCUCAUGGUGGUCGAGGCCGUGGAAGGAGAUAUGAUGAUAGAGAUUUCCACCAUGAAAGGAGGCCAAGGAGCCGAAGCCCUGGUCGUCGAAGAGGAAGAAGCAGGAGCCCUGGUUUGAGGAGGAACAGGAGCCCAGUUAGAGAGGGAAGUGCUGAGAGGAGAGCCAAGAUUGAGCAAUGGAACCGAGAGAGAGAGCAGAAGAGCACUGACAAUGAGAACCCUCUUCAAAAUGGAGAUGAUCAGUAGAAAUGGCUAAACAACCACUAAAUUGGUGGUGUGCAGGUCCCUCUGUUCUGUGAUAUCAAAUGUGAAUUUUUCCAUUUGGGUUUCUGAUUUUUUUCUUCAUCAAACCCGUUCUUUUGUUUCUUCCUAUGCUUUUGCAUCUUUUGCCCUCACUUUGUCGACACAGGAACGCAUCACUAACCAUGUUUUUACACAAUCCAUGGUCUAUGCAUGUGUUAGGUGGCUCCUUGAUCACGGAUGUCGCAUAUUUGUUUUGUCAUGCAUGUGUUUGUAUCAUUUGAGCUGCCCACCUUGUACUAAGCAUUUUAGCCAUGGACUAAACCUUUUUGCUAUGGCCGUACAUAGCUCAUUCAUGUUGCUAUGGUCAUGCAUGUGUGUCAUUUGAGUUCACCACCUUGGACUAACCAUAGAUAAUCCAUUGAUCAGGUAUGUUAUGCGUUUUUAUGGUCAUGCAUGUAUGUAUCUUCUGAUUUCCCCAUCUUUGGCUGACCAUACUCCUUUCAUGGUCAUGCAUAUGUAUGCAUCACCUUGGACUCACCAUAAAUAUUCCAUUGAUCAAGGACUUCCUUUCUUCUAGAAGAUAUCAAUGAAAGGGUUUCAUGGGAUUCAGCCAAUUGUCUUGAUCGUGGGAUCUUAUUGAGAUUUUCCCAUCUUGGACAAAUCAUAAUCCUUUUAGCCAUGGUCAUAAAGAGCCCUGGUUGAUCAAGCGUUGUCUCGUCUUUUAGGAUUAUGCAUGUGUAUGUAUAAAUUGACCUAUCACUUUGGACUAACCAUAUUCACCGUGGUCAUAGGAGCUCGUCGGUUGAAUUUCACCUUGUUCAUUAAGAAUCAGGGUUUUGUUUGAGUUUUUCCCAUGGCCAUAAGAGCUGGUCAAAUUUGGCCUCGUCCCCCAAAAAAAUUAGGGAUUUGGAUGGGUUUUCCCUAUUUCCUUCCCCAUUUCCUUUGAUCUCUCAUCUCCCCAGUUAUAUGGGAACAUUUGCAUAGAAGCACCCGGGUAAUUCUGCACUUUCACCAGGCAUCACUACCUAUCUGGUUUUUGUGAAUUUUGAAAAUCUUUUGUGCUUACGCUUUUCGAUUGAGUUUUUGCAGGUUCAGGUAUCCCUGCUCCUAAGGAUCGACAUUAUUUUUAUGCAGCUUUAUAUGCAAUUUUUUUUACAGGUUGGGUGCAUUGGCCAUGCGUAUUAGGCCAGAAGCAGGAGAGUGGUCGUAAAAUGAAUCCCAGUGGUUGGCGGUCUUUUAAUUAGGUAUGCAAUCAUCUUAUGGUGCAAAUUUCCCCCAAAAAAGGUAUCAUCUUAUGCUGCAGAUUUGGUGUAGAAAGAAGAGACUUCAAAAAGUCAAUGUUACUGUUUGUAGGGUGCAUAUGAGCUUUCAUUUUGCAGGUUUAUAGCUAGCUACACAUGAGCUUCAUUUGAGUGGUGAUUUUGAACAUUAGUGUAGUGGCUUGUAUGAGUAUCUCUUUAGAAAGGUACUUCUGUUAAAUGGAAAUGGUGCAAGCUUUCUUAAUUUCUUCUUU